GUUAUUUUUCCGUAAAUCUAUUGUGUCAAACUGACUUUCUAUUUGAGACAAAAUUUAAGUCUCCUUUAAAACCAUUUCUUUGUAAGAUUUGGAAAUGAAAAUGCAAAUUUAAAAUCUGUGAUGUCAAAGUGACUAUGUUAUAUUAUUAGGAAUUAAAUUCAAGUCUUUUUUACAUCUAUUUGGAUAAAAUAUAUCUAAAUCAAAAUGCCGUACAAAAUCAUCCCACCCCCACCACCGCCUGUUAUUAAGGAACAUGGACCUCCCAAGCCUCCCAGAGUUGCAUUGGACAUCAAAGCUAUAAUGAAAAUUGAGAGACGUCAAGAAUACGUCAAGCAAGCUGCGGAAGCAAAGGCUGCAGGCGUUGUCCUAGAGCCGUUCAUAGAGUUCGUAGAGGAGGAAGAAGAUCAUUCAGAAUGUGAGGAGGCCGAUUUUCUGAUCAGACGUACUGCUUCGUUCAAAUGUCUGGCUCAAGUUGCUAUGUCAAGCAGCUCGUUUUUCAGAAGUGUCGAGUACAAUUUUCCACCUGUAGAGGACCCCGGAUUGGAGGAAGCUUUAGAUCACGAAGACCCUCCUGUCAGAGGGGACGAUGAAGGGGUGAACGUGUAUUUGGACCAAUGUAAAACGUAUAAAAUUAUACCACUGAAGAGAGUACUACGUUCCUUUACGACGCCUUAUAUGAACCUGAAGUUUUAUGGUAUCAGAAAAUACCAAUUGAAAUGUCUAGCCGAAGCGUUGAGGACCAACAGAUACGUGGAAUAUUUAAUAUUGCAAAAUAACCAUUUGACACCGCAGAUGGUGGAUUGGUUGUGUCAAUGUCUCGAAGAUAAUACCGUUCUAAGUAAUCUCAUUUUGAAAUGUUGCAACAUUGGACCGCUAGGCGCCGCCAAAUUAGGUAACCACCUGGUGGCCAUGUCAAUAACGCACCUCGAUUUGAGUUACAACAAUUUAGGCGAAGAGGGUAUGAAGAAAUUGAAGACUAUGGCAAAAAUGCAUUCCUUGAAUUCGUUAAAUCUGUCCCACAACAAUCUCACUCCGGGUAGCGCCAUGUCAUUGGAGCGUGUUCUAUUGAGUUGCAGAACAUUGGAGGUGUUGGAUUUGUCUUUUAACAGAUUGGGAACUAAUGAUGGUUACGACAUACUUUUUAACGCAGUGGCAUCAUCCGAUCAUCUGCGAGUGUUCAACCUGUCCAGCAACGGAUGUUGCGACCAAGUGGAAAUUUUUGCAGUGUUCACCGCUUACCUUCAAUCCACCACAACUUUGGAGGAAUUAGAUAUAACCGACAACAGGAUACCGGCUGGAAAGUUUAUAAGGGAGUUGCGUAAAGGAGUGGUGAUAAAUAAAUCAUUGAAAAUAUUGAAGAUCGGUAACAAUCCUUGGACUCCGGCGGAAGCGUUUCCUUUGGCUCAACUAAUUAAAGUCAGUAAGACGCUAGAGAUUCUGGAUAUGGAUAAUAUUUGGUUUACCAAGAAAGUUAAGAAGUUAUUAGACUACGCCAAACAAGAAAAGAGAAAAUUAGUAAUCGGUGGAAUUUAUCAAGAUUGGAUAAUCAAAGGACCCGAUUGGCUGUGGCUGAUGUGGAGCAGAAUCAAAGCUCUAUUUGCUGCACCUAAAAGAGUAGAGCUGAGACAAGAUUUUGGUGAUUUUCUUCUGACGAUUCCACCUGAGCCGACAAAAGUCGGCCAAUUCGAAGAACACAUGAUGAGAAAGAAAUACGUCGAAAUAGUCAAAGACCCCGAUCUCGUUAACGCUUUCUACGCAAUCUACAAGAAAGACAAUAAACUCGAAGUGGGGGAAAUGGUCAGAGAUUAUUUCCAUUACUUCCCGCGACAAUUACAACACGAGGACUCUUCGACUAAAAGGAGCAGCAAAGACGUCGGUAGCAAAGUGUCGAUGUCGUCGAAAGGAUCCAAAAAAUCGAAAUCAAAGAGCUCCCUAAAAGGUUCGAAGUCGUCUAAGACCUCAGUAAAGAAGUCUAAAGUUUCUGUAGUCGAACCAGCAGAAGGAGGUAAAGGAGGUUCCAAAACAGAAGGUCAAAGAGAAGGUUCUAAAGUGAGGAUAUCUGAAACUGGAAAAUCUACGGAUGGACAAGGAGGUUCUUUGGCUCCGAUACAAGAAGAGGUCACUGCUACUUAAUAUCUUCGUAGCCUGUGUGAUCUAUUCAGUUGCUAUAUAGAUUGAAGAUUAUUAGAAAUUUGAGUUAGUUUUGAAUUUUAAAUUGUUUCACUUUUUAAACUUUUUGUUUUUCAUGUUUUAUCUUUGGAAAAAAAAUUGAUUCGAAAAAUUUUGGUAUAAAAAUAAAUGAACACGAAGUGUUAUUAAUAGUGUUUGCAUAAUUUAAAAAUAAAUUGUUCCAAACAAAAUAUAAA